AUGGAGGCCAGGCUGCUGGGCGCCGUCCUGGGCGUCGUCCUGGUGCAGGUGGAGGCAGCCGUGCAGAGCCUGGACCUGCCCAAGAUUGCAGGGUUCUGGCGGGAGGUCGGUGUGGCCUCCAAACAACGCCUGGCGCUGGUGACGCCCCGGAGGCUGGAGGCCUUGUUCCUGACCCCGAGCGAGGCCGCCCUGACUGUGAAGGCCGCGUACAGCAGCUCAGGAAGCUGUGAGACCGAAAACAUAGUGGGCUCGGAAAUAGAUGUGUCAGGGAGAUUUGUUUUUCCGGGCCACAGGGAAAUCCGCGUGGUCGACACGGACUACGAGCGUUACGCCAUCCUGAGGCUGUCCCUCGAAUGGCAGGGCAAGGACUUCCACGUGCUCAAGUACUUCACGCGCAGCCUGGAGGACGACUAUGAACCAGGCUUCUGGAAGUUCCGGGAGCUGACGGCGGACACCGGGCUUUACCUGGUGGCCCGGCAUGGGAGGUGCGCCAAGCUCCUGAAGGAGGUGAGCCUUCGCUGGGCCCCACUGCGCCCCGGCCUGAUGGGAGUCCCGGCGCCUUGGGCCCUGGGCCUCCAGGGAGCUGAUCUAGGGGGGCCUGUCCCGGGGCAGGACGCUGGAGCCCCGCCCCCGCCCCGCCCCCUGCGCCGGGUGGGAGGGGCCUUCGCACCUGCUUCAAAUAAACCCUAUGACUACACCCGCUGCCCCGAGUAG